UGUAAUCAAUCAAACUCUCUCUCCAAAAUUCUCUCUUUUAAGUUCUCUCUGUAAUCAAUUAAACUCUCUCUCUCUCUCCAAACUUCUCUCUUUUAAGCUCUCUCUCUUAAGUGCAGUGAGGGCCCUUUGCUUUUAAGUGGGUGUCUUUUCGUAAAACACCACUGCAAGCGAGAAUCUAGGGUUUCAACAAUUCCGAACAAAAUUCCGCCUUUUUCUCUUUGCACCUGAAAAUUCUCAUCAAAACUCGGAUUUCAUUCAUUAAUUCACUCAAAAGGAAUAGAUUUCCACUGUAAUUUCUGACAUUCAUGCUGCAAUCCAAGCUCCCUGCCAUUAAUAAUAAGAAUUUUGGGGAUUUGCAUUAGAAACCAUAAAUGAUCGAUCCAAUUUCGAUGGUUUUCACAGGGAUAUCUAGGUUUUCAACUCCAUUGCACUGUGCUUUAGUAACUGUGAAUUGAUGGAACUUGCUCUCAUUGGGGUUGUUAAAGUCUAGGGUUUUUUUCCCCACCAGUGAUCCAUGGAAUUCUAGCUCUUUAUUUAGAGUUGCCACACCAGAAGUGUGAACUCAAGUUGCUGUGUAUUAAUGGAGGACUCAAUAGCUGAACUAAGGUCAGAUGAAGGAGGGGUAUCGAAUGUUCCUGGCCCCCAAGUUCAACAGGUUUUGGAGAAGAGUGAGGGAUCUGAUGCAGCUGCUCCAGUUCCACAUCCAAAGAAACCAAACCUUUCGUUGCAAAUACCAGCGAGAACCUUAGAUAAUUCAUGUGCCAACUCUGUGAGAAUAAACAUCCCCCCAACACCCAGCCCAAGUUCAACAAGAAUGAACUUACCUCCACGACCAAAUUCUGCAAAAAGCAAACCAGGAAUCAGAAAUUUCUUGCCACAAAGGAGCUUCAAGACAAAGGGCUUGACGUUAGAAAAUGAGAAAACAGUGCUGCUUACUGCUGGAGAAACCUUGGAGAAACAACAAGAAAAGGCUUCUACUUCGAGGUCUUUCUCUUUGACAAGGGGUUUUCUAACUUCAUCACUGAAUAAGACACAUUCAUUACCAGUUACACCAGUUUCAAAUUCAGCUCCACAAGUAGCACAAGAAGCUGUGGCUGACGAAUCUGGUCUAAUUCGACCAGCUAAUCAGAAGCAUAUAUCACGCUCACUAUCGGUUCCUGUAAAUGUCAAACAUAGAAGUUUAAGAAGAAUGGAUUCUUUAGGAGGUCUAAUCCGAGUUAUUCCGGCCACACCUCGUGAUCCAAAGGAUGAAAUUGUCUCACCAAAUGAGGCCCCUGUGAUAGGAUCUGAAGAUGCUGGUGAAGAUAUCCCUGAAGAAGAGGCAGUCUGUAGAAUUUGUUUUAUUGAACUUUGUGAAGGGGGUGUGACCCUUAAGCUGGAGUGCAGCUGCAAGAAUGAGCUGGCACUUGCUCACCAAGAGUGUGCAGUAAAAUGGUUUAGCAUAAAGGGUAAUAAGAUUUGUGAUGUUUGCAAACAGGAAGUAAAAAAUCUUCCUGUGACAUUGUUAAGAGUUCAAAGUUCUCGGCCUGUUAACAGACAAUCAGCUGCCGUAGCUCAGCAAAGGGCAGUGAGUCAGUAUAGGGUAUGGCAGGAUGUUCCAGUUCUAGUCAUGGUUAGCAUGCUCGCCUAUUUCUGCUUUCUGGAACAGCUUCUGGUUGCUAAUAAGGGAUCCAGUGCUCUUGCAAUAUCUUUGCCCUUCUCUUGUGUCCUUGGUCUCCUCUCAUCGAUGAUAGCUUCUACUAUGGUGAGCAAGAGUUACAUCUGGGCUUAUGCUUCCUUCCAAUUUGCCCUGGUGAUUCUGUUUGCGCAUAUAUUUUACACAAUUCUGAAGGUCAAGGCAAUUCUAUCGGUGCUUCUUUCAUCCUUCACAGGGUUUGGCAUAGCAAUCAGCACUAACUCUUUGAUAGUGGAAUACUUGAGAUGGAAGGCUAGGCGUGACUCACACUUGAGGCAUCGCCAGAAUGAUCCAGUGAGACAAAUGCCGCCUCAGCCUGGAGAUCAUACUUCUAAUGGUUCAGGCCACCAAGAUGUCGUAACUAAUAAUGAGGUGAAUUCAUCGCAAGCCAGAUGAAGCCCUAAAGUGAUCAGUGAAAUUUCAGCUAUGGCUUUGGUUUCUGUGGUGCGAAAAAAUUGGCACCAAGUUCACGUAACUUGUAUUGUUUUUUUGAGAGCUUGUAAGGUUGUGUUGUAUUCGCAUCACAUGUUUAUAAUUCCUAAUCUCAUUUGUGCUUCUAAUUUGA